UAAUGUAGUGGCUGCAGAGUGUUAAUAGCACAACAAUGAUUCUUGGCUCUUGCAGUGGAAACCUGUGUGGUACCAGUUUUCCUCCAGCAACCCUUCUGAAAGUGAUUUAACAGCAGAGGAGGGGGAGAAGCUAGGGAGUGAGGCAAGGGGGUAGGAGAGGGCAGAAUGCUAUUGUUUGCAAUCAGGCUGGGAAGAGAAAUGAUCUCCUGUCUGUAAAAUCAAAGGCAUCACCAGCAAACUGCUGGCAAUCUGGCUUCUAGCAAUUCGGCUUCCCAGCAAAAUACAAUGAACACAAAGCCAACUCUUAUCACAUCCAAUAAUCUCGUCCAUGGAGAACUGCUGUUGCCAUCCAGGGCUAUGUGUUCCUGCUUUGUGUCCUAGGCAAAGGUCGUUGAGCACACUGGGCUCAGUUCCCCAGCCUGAGGCUGACUGCAUAUGGGCACCAUAGGCAGUGAGAGCCCUUACUUGGGAACAGGCUUGGAUCUCUAUUUAGUUGUUGGCAUCAGCACAGAAGAUGAUGCUGGUCAUCAUGAACUGUGGUGGAAAGGUGCCUUUGGUUCAUUGCUCUAACAACUGCAUGCUUUCUUGUUCCUCUCCAGGGAUUUAAGGCAGCAGGAAACCAAAACUAACCUUCUCGACACAGUGUACAUCCUGUGAGGACUGAAGUGACCUCUGAUGAACCUCAACAUGUUCAGUGAAAAGAGCAGCGCCUCUUUGCCCCAGAAACCCAUCCAGAAAAAGACACGACCUCAGGGCCUCCCCUCCCCUGCCCUCUGCUGUGCUUGUGGACUUUGCAUCAUGCUAGCAGGGAUCAACAUCACCUUAGUGGGAGCAUUUGCCUUUGGGACCUUCAUCCCCAUGAACAACCCUCCCAUCAUCAUCGGACCCAUCUUGCUGGUGGUGGCCUUCACGUUCUUCGGUGCCUGCUGCAUCUGCAGCCGGAGGCCCCCAGCUCAUGGGGCGAGGAAAUCCAAACCAGGUUCCAACAUUGGGCUCAUCAAACCUGGCAACACAGCCUUUGAAAUUGAAACUAGCGAGCACACGGUGCAGGAUACCACUGCUGUUCAGCUGAGCCCCACAAAUUCCCCCAUCUCCUCAAAGAAGUCCACUCCAGUUCAUGAGAAUGCGAAGGCUUGCAAGCUCUUCACCAUGGAAGGCAAUGGACCAGUGGCCAAGUAUACCGCAGGAGGAGAGGCCAUACAGCUCAACUUGCCCAGGGACCUGGCUGCAUCCUAAACCCAGGCAGAGCUUUUAUUAGCAGCCAGCCAGAUGCUGCAAUGGGUGGGCUAGAGAUCCAUGAUGUGCCAUCGGUCAGAGAUGUGGAGAAGCUGCUUGUGAAAAGCCAGCAGACAGACAGGUUUCUCUCUGAAUCAAUUGAAGGGAGGUGGAUGCCACAGCAGGAUAAUUCUGAAUUUUUGCUGAAACAUGCCCAUUACAUGGCUUUAAAAAGAAAAUUGAUUAUGAUGUUGUUGUGAAAGGAUGACUCUCAGUUCCUGGGAAUACACCGGCUUUUUUUGGGAGUGGAUAGGAAGAGGUGAAUGAAUUAAUUUGUCUAGCUUAAUGUGGAAAUGUGAUGGCUGGAAGGAGGGGCUACACGGGGCUGACAAAUGACAGCUCUUUCUUCUCAGAAGUGAAGCAAUUCUUGAACAUAAAAGAAGCAGGAAUGCAGUAAAUUACAGCUUGCUGCCACUCAGUCACAAGAAGAUUUCAGCAUUUUUAGUGCCAGGCUUUUUGGCACUAGGGACAAAGCUGUGUGUUUGCUAUCGAAAAAGCAGUGUGAAACAAUCUCCCCUCUGUUGAAAACACUUGUCCCGUGUUACCUUCGUUCAGGUGACUUUACCACCCAUUCUAGGAGACAACAAAUCACAAGGAUCACCAUUAGCACUGGUAUUUUCCUCUUGUUUUAAUCAGUUUGAGCUGCAGCUGUGCUGCUCAGUGCAGUACGUAUCUUGGAAGGUCAGUUACACUGAAUCCUUGGGGAAUCUGGAGUAAGCAGAGAUUGGCAGGAAACUGCAAAUGAAAUCUUUGGGCAAUGUGUGUACUGAGUGCUAGGCAGCUUCCUUCCCAUAUUUUUGUGGGAGGCUGGCCUUGGACACACACCAGCUUGGGAAAGGGGCCAAUAACUGUAUGGGCUUUAGUAUAGUUGUGAUGGAAGAUGGUGACUCUUAUUUCCUUCUCUGAAGUGUCUGCAAGAUCCAUUACACAGAGCGGGCAAUCGGCAGUAGAUCUCCUUGCUGCAGGAAACUGGCUGCUCAAUGAACUCAUGAGCUUGCAAAGCAAUGGGAUGAGUUUGCAGGAGAGAAUUUAUCGAGAGCUGUUCAGCACAAAGACAAUAGCUCUGCCUCGGAGGAACCCUUAUGUGAUGCAUUAUUGCUGCAAAAGCUUCAUGUUCUUCAAUGGGAAGAUGGUGCUGUGCUAAUGGGCCUUUGCUCUGACUCCUGUAGUGUCUGUUCACUUGUUUUGGAAGAUAAGGGAUUGGUGUGGGGAAGGACAGUGGUGAUAGGCAAGACCAGUAUGUGGGGAGGUAGCAGCAGGAAAGUGGGUUUUGUGUAGGAACGGCUGCAUAGAUUCUCUGUUAAUGGAAAACCUCAAUUUGAAAUGGGGCUCUUGGGACUUUGAGUGAUUAGGAAGUCAUAUGGACACAAGAGUGACCAUACCAGAUCAUUCCAAAGGCCCAGCUAGCCUAGCAUCCUGUUUCUGGCAGGGCCAAGAGCAAGGUCUGAAGAGCAUGAAGACAGCAAAACCAGGAUGUUGCUUGUCCCAGCCUCCAUGCUCCCAGCUAUUGCUUAGGUGCUUCCUGAUCUGGAAGUGAUAGAUUGCUUGAAGGUAGAUGGGUGUCUAUGGUCUGGUCUCUGCACAAUCAUCUCCUUUAGAGCUCAUUUUCAUGGGUGAGCUCUGCCUCCAGCACCGCUGCCCUUUGGCACACAGGAACUGCUGUACUGAACAAAAGGCUCCCACGAUUUUUUUCCUGCUGGUGACUGCUGUAUCAAUUCAACAGAGUAGCUGGAUGAUUUGGGUUUGAUUCCCAGCUUGCUGUCUCACCAGCCUUUUGGGAUGGCACACAACAAGCUGGAAGUCCUUUAAGGGCUUUGUCCACUUGAAUACAGUUACCGUAUCACUUUUCUUUGAGUAUCUGGAGCCAAAAAUACAGUAAAAUCAAGUGGUAACCGUACAACUCCUUUCCCUGCUUGCUCAAGGCUUGAAAACCAAGUCUGGGGUGUGCAUACCGGCUUUAUUACAGCUACACCACAAAAUGCUGCCAGUGAUGGAUAAUACAAUGGCAGACCCCAUGCAAGUAGAAGGCAAAGGCCCCUUGGACAGGAAUGGGGGCAGAAGUGAGGCUUUGAAGGCCAGCUAUGAGUUUAGUGUGGUUCACACUUGACUUGCAGCAUCACAGUCAGUACCAUACAGGGAACACUGGCACAGCCCUGGGACCAGGCACAUCCCGUGCUGCACGUGCAGGUUGUCAUAAAGCUAGUGUUGCUCUGGGAGCUGAUGCCCUUGGGACCAAAGAGACGACAACCAGCAGAGAUGGUACCUGGGCAAGCAGAGGUGUAGGACCAGCGAGAUGCUGAUCCCUGGUGUGGUGUGUCUGUAUGCCAAGCCAUGACCCCAGCCUCCUGCCCACACAGCUAGGUGGGCAUGGGAACAUCUGCUGCCUUCUGAAGCAUGAAUGCCCUGCUUUUGCCUUUUUCUGUCUUUCAGGGUUCCCGUGUCUGUCUGUUGGUCCUCCUCUGUGAUCGGCUGUAAUGUUGUUGUAAAUCUCAUGCCUCCUUGUGUAGCAGGAGACAGGGAGUGUUUCUUGUUCUCCAAGUCAGCGUUUCUAGUGUGAGUCUUUUUCUAAAUGACUAUUUCUGUGUGUGCAAUGUGGAAUUUGGAAACGACAGACCCAUUAAAUAAUUGCACUCA